ACCCAACUGGUCCCCGCCCGCCCGCAGUCAGCUGAUGGGCCGCCCGUCGCGGAGACCGCCGCCGCCGCUCGAACAUGGCGGCCGAGAUCCACUCCAGGCCGCAGAGCAGCCGCCCGGUGCUGCUGAGCAAGAUCGAGGGGCACCAGGACACCGUCACGGCCGCGCUGCUCAUCCCCAAGGAGGACGGAGUGAUCACGGCCAGCGAAGACAGGACUAUCCGAGUAUGGCUGAAAAGAGACAGCGGUCAGUACUGGCCCAGCAUUUACCACACAAUGGCCUCUCCCUGCUCUGCUAUGGCUUACCAUCAUGAUAGCAGACGGAUAUUUGUGGGCCAGGAUAAUGGAGCCGUGAUGGAAUUUCACGUUUCUGAAGACUUUAAUAAAAUGAACUUUAUCAAGACCUACCCAGCUCAUCAGAACCGGGUGACGGCGAUCAUCUUCAGCCUGGCCACUGAGUGGGUGAUCAGCACUGGCCACGACAAGUGCGUCAGCUGGAUGUGCACCCGCAGCGGGAACAUGCUCGGGAGGCACUUCUUCUCUUCCUGGGCCUCGUGUCUGCAAUAUGACUUUGAUACUCAGUAUGCGUUUGUCGGCGAUUACUCUGGACAGAUCACCCUGCUGAAACUUGAACAGAGCACCUGUUCAGUUAUUACCACCCUUAAAGGACAUGAAGGGAGCAUCGCCUGCCUCUGGUGGGACCCUGUUCAACGGUUACUCUUCUCAGGAGCGUCCGACAACAGCGUCAUCAUGUGGGACAUCGGGGGCAGGAAGGGCCGCACGCUCCUGCUCCAGGGCCACCAUGACAAGGUGCAGGCGCUGUGCUACCUUCAGCUCACGAGGCAGCUGGUCUCCUGCUCCUCGGAUGGUGGAAUUGCAGUGUGGAACAUGGACGUCAGCAGAGAAGAGGCUCCUCAGUGGUUGGAAAGUGAUUCUUGUCAGAAAUGUGAACAGCCCUUUUUCUGGAAUAUUAAGCAAAUGUGGGACACGAAGACACUGGGGUUGAGACAGCAUCACUGCCGGAAGUGCGGGCAGGCUGUCUGUGGCAAGUGCAGCAGCAAGCGCUCCAGCUACCCCGUCAUGGGCUUCGAGUUCCAGGUCCGAGUCUGCGAUUCCUGCUACGACUCCAUCAAGGACGAGGAUCGGACAUCUCUAGCAACCUUCCACGAAGGAAAACAUAACAUCUCCCACAUGUCCAUGGACGUCGCUAGGGGCCUGAUGGUAACCUGCGGGACCGACCGCGUGGUGAAGAUUUGGGACAUGACGCCUGUGGUGGGCUGCAGUCUGGCCACCGGCUUCUCUCCACACUGAUGCGGGGCCGGCGGGGUCUGAGUCUUCGCGGCGGCCACCUUCCCCCACACACGACGCUUCCCUCUAGCUCCACAGUCCCUGUCACGUGGAUGGACAGCCAGCCACUAAAAAACAAAUCAGCAUUUUUAUAAAGAACAAAACGUGAGCGUGUGUUUUUGGGCAUUUGUGGAACUAUCCGUGGGGACCGACAUAGCGGGUCCCCGAGGAGUGGAGUUAUUCCAGCGAGACGUCCUGCGAGCGGUGAGCUGACGUGUGCCGAGACGGUAAUUUAGCACACGAGAGUUUCAGAAGAAAAACACUGAACAAAUGAGUUAAAGCCUAGAAGUUUCUUCAAGCAAUUCCAAGUGCAAACACACUCCCCUCCCCCCAGACUUGCCGGGCGCUCGGGAGCUCCUGCGCAUCUCCGCGGUCAGAGCAGGGACUCCAGGGAGGAGGACUUGCGUUCUCUCUCGGGGCGGGGGUGCAGGGGUCUUAGGAACCCAGAGGCCCUCCUCGUCCGCUGGCGUCUGUGAAUAUUCCCCACCCCUGGCCACUGACAGACCUCUUCAGGGUACCUGUCCUCUCCGGGUGGGGCAAUGUCUACACUUAACGUGUGGUCCGCUUCAGUUGUUUCCCGUCCCAGCCAGCGUGCCGUGGGCGGACCCUUACGGUUGUCACCACGUGAGCGGUAUGGCGUCUAUACUGACCACGGGAGUCCACACCCUUCCCUGUCCCCCAGAUGUGCUCUGAGGACAAGACGUCUCUAUGGUGCUGUUAACAUGGGACUCGCACAAGCCGCCUGACUUUUUCCUCAUUGCAACUAGGGAUGACUAAUGGCAGACCCAGCUACCAGCAUGACUGGGAUGGGAAACGAGCAGCCCGCUCCGUGGAACAGCCCAGUCCUCCUGAAAGACACAGUCUGUUUGCAGCCCAGGAUGAGCCCCUGUAAAUACCGUGACACUUCAGUAGACACCUCAGAAGAGAACUCCAAAGCUUUUUAAACUAGGUUGACUUUUAAUUACAACUUACUUCAUAGGAAGAAAUCGGUAACCCAGAGCAGUGACUAUUAGCAAGGUCCUGCACAGGUAUUCCCAACUUGUAAGUUACUCCCAGAACAGUUAUCAAAAUCUCUUGCUAUCACGUGGCAUUUUAAUUUAAAAGUUUUUGGCCACUUAGUACCAGGAUUGGGGAAGAGGUAGGAAAUGGGGAGCCUGUCUUUUAAUAUUCAAAUAUUUAUUUGUUUUUAAUGGCAGAUCGGGCUUCCCUGGUAGCUCAGACAGUAAAGCGUCUGCCUACUGACAAUGUGGGAGACCCGGGUUUGAUCCCUGGGUUGGGAAGAUCCCCUGGAGAAGGAAAUGGCAACCCACUCCAGUAUUCUUGCCUGGAAAAUCCCAUGGACUGAGGAUCCUGGUAGGCUACAGUCCGUGGGGUCGCAAAGAGUUGGACACGACUGAGCGACUUCACUUCGAUGGCAGAUCACGUGUCUUGUUACUUUAGGACUAUUUUAAGGAUAGAUUUUAAAAUAGAUAGCAGCAGUAUUUUUGUUAGUCUUACUAAUGGAUAUAGAAAAAUACUACUGCAUUGCUUUUAGGGGAUCAAACCAAGACAGCAUCAUUCUGUGUGACAUAACUAAGGGACUAAACAGUUUUAAAUAACAGUUGUUAAUGAAAAUGUGUUUUUAAUAACAGUUUAAGACAGGCAAUUAAGAUGUCUUAAUGGCCAGUGGCAUAAAUUAGGAAAGGAGGUCAGGUCAUCAUGUUCUAGAAUGAUCUGCAGUAGACAUUGACUUGCCUUCAGAAAUAAGACUGAAGGGUUUUGUUGCUCCUUGUAAUUUUUGUGUUAUAUCACCUGAAAAAGAUGUUUUCUUUCAAAACUUGCCUUAGGCCCUUUGCAGAAUGUGUGUUGCUGACAUAAUCCAGGAGAAAAAUCGAGUGGUGGUAACUUGAACAGUAGUGUUGAAUGUCAGCUUAGUUUAAUUACUGGUUCAGCUCAUACAUACACAGGUGCUAUGCUGGGGAUUCUCUGAAGUCCUGAAAGGAAAAGAGAAUAUGAACUACUCCUUGCCAUGCUGGAGAAUGCUACACAACGGUUUUGCUUUCCUUCAGCCUCUGUAAAAUGUGACUUUAUGAUGUCUGUGGUGGCCUGAGCAGUUCGGUAGCUGUCAAGGAUAUGCCAUAGCUUUUUGACUUCUUUUAAUUUUAAAAGAUUCCUAAUGAAAAACCUAAUGUUUCAUAGAGAGUGUAAGGCUGAUCCAGCGCCUCCUUAGGGGUGAAGCUAACAUAAGUCAAGAGGGAGAGGUCUGUGUCAGAAAGAAUUGGAGCCAGGUAUCUGGAAAAGGAAAGGAGAAAGUUUCAAUAUAUUUUCUUUCCACCAGAGCUUACUGCCAUUUUUUGUUUUAAACAUACAUAUGGUAGGCUUGUCUUGUCUCUGUCACACGCAAGGUAGUAAAUGGGGUAAUAUUUUUUAUAGAAGUGGGUAAAAAUUUUAGUGAUUGGGCGCAGAGAGUAUAGACUUCUGGUUAUUGCCUUAUUUUGACUGCAUUACUCUUAAACGUGUCAUUUACAAUAUAUAGUUCUUCAAAUAAUGGUUUACCAGUCUUUCCAUUCCUGAAUACUCCUGCAGAGUCCCUCUUGGGGAUCAUGAAGAACAGAAUGUUAAGAGAAGAUCCUUUUGUUUAGAUCUAGUAUUCGUGGGGUCUCAGAGUGGGACACAACCUAGUGACUGAACAACAACAAAAGGUUCGUGAUCAAGACUUGCCAAUUCUUCCUUCUAAAUGUGUUUUAAAAUUGCUCUUUAUUAGUGGAAGUGAUAGGAAUAUACUCUUAGAGCAUUAGAUGGAAGCAGACCAUUCAUUACACUGUAAAUCUAUUUACUGUGUCUUAGUUCUGUCCUGCUGCCUAGAGGCCAUAAACAAAACAUACUACUUUAUACUUUAGAAGGUGGUGUCACUUUCUUUUCCCCCUAUAGCAUUCAGUUUGUUAGUACCUACAGAUUUAAACUGUUGAAACUGGCCUGAGUAUGGAAUAAAAUCACAGUGGCUCAGAUUCAAGGAGUUAUUUUCUAAAAUCAGUUUUCAUUAAUUACUUCCUACUUCAUUCCUGGAUCUGGUAUCCCUUAAAAUGUAAGAAACCCGGUUACUAUUAAUGAUAAACCGUCUGCUCAUUAUAAAUGUGAGUUUAACAAAUAAGUAAUACAUGCUGUAUUUGUGUGUCUAUUGCUUAAUUGUUAAUUGUGAGCAGAUCAUUGAAUGCCUACUCUAUUUUCUGCAAUUUACUACACAAUAAUUCUUUGAGUAAGUUGAUGUUUAAUUGUGCAACAAAUUUAUACUAGAACACAAUUUAAAGUGUUUUUCUCUCUAGACUUUUUUGACUAGGGAGGCAAAGGGCAAUGUUGAUUAGUACAUUUUGUCUUGUACUACUAGCUACGUUUCUAUAAAAUAGGGUGCCCUGCGUGUCCCAGAGAGCUAGAAACCUUUGUUCUUUGCUCCUGUUUGUGGGUUCUGUUUUUGUGUUUUUUUUGAGAACAUGCGUACAAUAAAGUGUUCCUUGCUUGUUACCCUGUUGUUUAAUUUAGCUUUUGCUCUGUUUGACCUGGACAUAGUGCAGCAGGAGUAACUGCCAUGAGUUUAGUGCUGCCUCUGUGCUGGCUGCCCUGCCGACCUCAUACUCUUCAUUCCUGGCGACACUUCUGCAAGGCAGUUUUCUCCAUUUUACAAAUGAGAAGACCAAGUGGAUCUUAUCUGUCCGUCUGACUCAAGAGCAUGUACCUUCUUUAUAAGGCACACGCCUGCCUUAAUGUGCUAGCAUGUAAUGGGGGUUUGGUAUAAAGGAAGUAGGUAUGAUCUGUCUUGAAGUUUAUGAGGCCCUGGAGUGAGAUUGCUCAGGAUACCCAGGCCCCCUGAGAGCCCUGAGCCUCGUGGAGACAGCAUGAGCCCUGCCCUGGGUCCCCUUGCAAACAGCUUAGUUUUUUGCAAGAAACACAGGAUGAUUUCAGAUCCGGGAGAACAGAGUUCUCGGCUUAGCUGAUUAGGGGUUGAUUUAGAGAUCAGAACAGCAGUUUAUUGAGGGUUGUUUUUUUUUUUUUUUUUAAACCAAAGCUUUAUUUUCUCUCAUCAUCAGAAUGUUUAUUGGCAGUUCCCUGGUGCUCCAGUGGUUCGGACUCAGUGCUGUCCCUGUCAGGGGCCCUGGUUCCCUCCCUGGUCGGGGAGCUGCGAUCCCACAAACUGUGCGGCGUAGCCAAAGAAAAAAAUAUAAUAAUAUGUUUAUUAGAAUUUAAUAAAAGGAAAAUAAAAAGAUAAUACCAAAAAAAGUAUUUAAAAUAUUUAUUUUUAAAUUCUUUAGUGCAACCACCCAGAGAAACCACUGUUAAAUUUAUGCUAUAUAUCUUCCCAGCAUUUUUGCUUUUUUUUUUAAAUGCAUGUAUACAUGCAGGACACAUACUUAUAGACCUGUUGUUAAGGGGUGCCUGCCUUCUUGCUCCACCUGAUGUAGUGUGGAGAGUUUGCCCCAUGCCCAGAAGUGGUGCUCCCUGUUAGCCUCAUCAGCUGCUGCAGAGUCGAAGUGGGUGCUAGCUCUGUGCCCGUGCACUGGGACAGUCAGCCUCCAGCUCUGUGAAGGUGGGUAAGGCCACGUGACUUGCUUCAGCCCAUGACGCGCAGUCAGGAGCAUUUAAUUGUGGGUAAGAGGCUUAACCACCAGUUUCUUUGGGAUGCCAAGCCAUCCCAUGAAACCCAACGUGCCCUGGAUCUGCAGUGGGUGUUACUCAGUCUUCUGUUGCUUUAGUUUGCUGAGGUAAGGGUUUUCAGUUCAGUUGCUCAGUCGUGUCUGACUCUUUGCGACCACAUAGACUGCAGCACGCCAGGCUUCCCUGUGCAUCACCAACUCCCAGAGCUUGCUCACUCAUGUCAUCGAGUCAGUGAUACCAUCCAACCAUCUCAUCCUCUGUCGUCCCCUUCUUCCACCUUCAGUCUUUCCCAGCAUCAGGGUCUUUCCCAAUGAGUCAGUUCUUCCCAUCAGGUGACCAAAGUAUUAGGGUUUCAGCUUCAGCAUCAGCCCUUCCAAUGAAUUUUCAGGACUGAUUGCCUUUAGAAUUGACUGGUUUGAUCUCUUUGCAAUCCAAGGAACUCUCAAGAGUCUUCUCCAACACCACAGAUUUUUAGCUGCAGCAUAAUCUAGCCUGAACAACUGUAUUCCAUUAUUCCAUUAUGUGACUAAACCGUCCUUUAUUUCACUGAUGUCAUUAGUUGAAGUUAGGUUACACAUUUUUAGAAUAUUUAAAUUUUCAAUUAAAACUAAACAUUUUAAAAUACUAAACUCAGCAUGCUUGUGUAUUCUUAUUUGUCCAUUUUUCCAAUUAUUUUCUUAGGAUGCAUUCUUAGAAGUAAAAAUCGCUAGGUCAAAGAAUAUCUAUUCUAAGUUUUUACUCUUCUUGCGAAUAUCCUCAUACCAUUGCCAAUACUUGAAUUGGUUCCUUUGCACAGGCAAUAAACAGGCAUAGCUUAAGUGUCUCAGUCUAUGAAAUUCCAGUUUAUUAACGUUUGAGUUUCUGUGGGACAGUCUAGAUAGAACCCCAGUCACCCCGGGAAGGCCGCUCAGUGGACAGGAUGCAGAGGAAGAAAGGUUGGUGGGUGAUCCUGCUGCUGUCACAACGGCCUGAUAUGUGUGUCUCCAAGGUUGCUGGAGGGUGAGCUGGUCUCUCUUUACUUGGGAAGUGGAAGCAGACUAACAAGUUCUUGUGUCCUGCCUUCCCUUUUAGGUGUUACCUGGCUUACUUGUGAAAAUAUUCUCAGGAGGGAAUGUAGGUACUUGAGAUAUAGCUUCCUUUCCCAUCCACCAGUCUUUAGUCCCUGAGUUUCCUUGACACCAGUAUAAUUAGAUCUCUUUCUAUAUCUUUCAUCGCACAUACAGACCAUCCCUUAGGAAGCUUGUCCCAUAUUGAUACAUAAAGUUGAGUAACUCAUUCUGAGACCAUGAGUUCUGUCAUUUGUAGUAUAGAGAUGGAGCCUGAGAGAAAGUUUCCCGGGUCAAACCCAAGUGGAAGACUGACGAGUCAAGCUUUGGCCCAUCUGACCUCAAAACCCAUGCUCCUCUUUCUAGUGCCCCAUCUUGAUUUUUCUGUGAAGAGAGUUUAAAUCCUGAACUUGACAUUCUGGAGAAUGAUGAAGUAAUAGAAAUUUAUUUACAUAAAUAAAUAAGGGUCAUGUGGCAUGUUUCCCAACACCCUAGUGUUUGAGAUCGAGAGGACCGUUCAGUUGCUUAGUCAUGUCCAACUCAUUAUGACCCCAUGAAUCGCAGCACGCCAGGCCUCCCUGUCCAUCACCAACUCCCAGAGUUUACCCAGACUCAUGUCCUUUGAGUCAGUGAUGCCAUCCAACCAUCUCUGCCAUCCCCUUCUCCCACCUUCGAUCUUUCCCAGCGUCAGGGUCUUUUCACGUGAGUCAGUUUUUCAAAUCAGGUGGCCAAAGUAUUGGAAUUUCAGCUUCAACAUCAGUCCUUCCAGUGGGCCAUUAGGACUCUAUUUAUCAUGCUCCCCCGCCCAGUCAUGAAUCAGUGGUGGCCCUGAUAAGUGGUUUCUUUGGUAACAAUGCCAAAAUUUCUUACAAACCAAUCAUUUCCCAUAUACUCUAAAGAACAGGGAUCCUUAGUCUAUGUUCUACGAUAUUUAUGAUACUCUUCUUAUUUUUGCAUCAUUUCGAAGUGGUUAAAAAAUUCCUUCUAGAAAGUAAAUUUUAUUUUUAUCUGAAAUAGAUUAAUGCACAACAACGAAUGUAGGCAUGUCCCCAAAUCAAAAAUUUGAAAGAACUUGGAAAUCACUCUUCUAAAGUAUGGCUGUUAAAGCCUAUGACACUUGUAAUGGAUUUUUAUUUAGAUCUUCCCUCAUAAGGGGGAUUAUCAUCUAUCCCUGCAACAUUUAAGAAUGGCCAAUAACUUGUAGACUCUGGAAACAAACUCACCUAGUAGAGUCUCAUGUUACAUUUACAUGUUACAUGAUUUUACUGUUUCAGAAUUCAGAGUGUCAUUCCCUUAUUAAAUAUGAUAAUUCUUUUGACAAUAUAAUGGUAACCAAGUAUUUCCCUAGCUGUAGGCUGUUCCCAAUUAAUGCAGUGAUAUUAAAAUUUGCAUGAUCCCACAACUUGUUGAAUUCAGGAAAACUGAAGUCACAGAGAAGAAGAUGAUUUUCCAACACGUGCAGGUUUAUUUAGACUCUUCUUCUGUACCCACCACAUACUUUAAAUCACGACAGGAAAGUUGCCACGUGCAUGGUGAUGGCCUGCUAACGUGUGCACUGGCUCCUGCCAGAGAGCCUCUGGAAGGCGGGGACUAGCCUUUCUGUGUCGUCACUGCCCUUCAUACCCGAGUUUCUGCCCAUCCACUGAAAAUGCCAUAUCAGGCUGAAUGCGUUGGUUUUGUGUGCUCUUCCUUGAGCUGUUACCUAGAGUUAGAGGAACUAGUUAGAGAGCAGCUUCUAAAAUGAAGUAGAAACAUCUGGUGGACUUAGCCCAGUGUGGCGUCAAAGGGGAACUUCCCAGUUGGCUUAGUGGUACAGAAUCCAUUGGCCAAUGCGGGAGAUGCAGGUUCGAUCCCUGGGUCGGGAAGAUCCCCAGAAGGAGGAAAUGGCAACCCACCCCAGAGGAAAAAAGCAUAUGGUCAAACAAAUUUAUUUCUGGGUUUACUUACAUAAAAAUAAUUUUUUGCUCAAGUGACUUGGGACUUGUAUUUCUACAUUAUUAAUGUACUUUCAUGUUGUUUGUAUUUUAUUGACAUUGAAUUGUCUUUUGCUGCAGGAGUCUAUCAGCUGUAUCUAUCUAAUGAGUCCCACGUUGCAAACGUGUGUUGAAAUAACAGACAAGCUUGCAGACCCAAACCUCAGUACAAGCCUAGUGGCUCUACCCUCAAAGUGCAUCCUCCCAGUACAGCCACUUUUCACCAUCCGACUCCUGUUACCACGGUUCAGUUCCCUGGCAUCUGGACUGCGCCAGUGGCCUCCUAACCCGUCCCCCAGCUCCUACCCCUACCAGCCUUUUCUCAACAUGCCUGUUAAAACACAACUCUGAUCACGCCAUUCUUGGACACAAAACCCUCAAGACUCCACCCCACCCACAGUAGACCCCCUAGUUGUGAACAGUCCAGUCAUCACCUCCCUGACCCCUGUGCUGUCCUUGCUCACUCUGGUCUAGCCACGCAGCUGUUGUGUUCAUUGCUCUAACUCUAUGGGACAGAGAAUUUGUGCAAACAGCAUAGACCUCAGUAGGCACUCAAUAAUUAAUGAGGUGGGACUUCCCUGGUGGUCCAGUGCUUACUUAAGACUGUGUGCUUCCACCUCAGGAAGCAUGGGUUCCAUCCCUGAGAACAAAGACUCAUUGUGCAAGCCUUGUGCCACCACAGCCAAAAAAAUUUUUAAACUAGCAAUAUUUUAAAAAAUAAAUACAUAGCAUUGCCUGUAUGUGUACAGUUUGGAUGCAGUGUGCGUAAAUGACAAGGAACUUAACUGAAUUUUCUCAGGGAGUGAGUCGGUAGUGUGAAAUUCCUGUUCCUCCACUGCCAUCAUUCCUGCCUACCCUGUCCUUCCUUCCAAGCUACUCCAACAGUUUCCAGAGGCCAGAAGGAGCAGUUAGAGAAAAGUGGGGAGAUACUAUAGAGGCUAAGUACACAGGGAACAUGAGACGUUUCUAAAACAUUAAACACUAAUUCCAGCUUUCUGAUCAUCAUAAGACCUAAUCAGAUGUAACUUCACUCUGCAGCUUCAUGCUUGAUGGGGUGUGUGAUUUUAAAAUAUCUGUGCAAAUGCUUAGACCUUGCUUCUGUUGAGUGGUGGGUCUUAGGUGCCUUCCCCUUGAUUCUGGGCCAGCCUUAGUGACUCUCCAAUAGAAUGUGGCAGAAGUGACUGUGCAGUAUCUGAGGCUAGAUCAGAACACGACCUGCAGCUUCCACCGGGCUCUCUGCGGGACACCAGGCACCUGAGACCAACAGGUAUUCUGGUCAGCUGCCGAGCUUGAGCAUGGCCAGCAUUAACUGCCAGCCGAGUGCAUGUGACAUCUUGGAUGUCCAGCCCAGCUGAGCUUGCAGAUGCCUGCGGAUCCAGCUGCCAACUGCCGUAGCAGGAGAGACACCCAGUUGAGGGCUGCCAAGGUGAGCCCUUCCUGAAUUCCAGACCCACAAAACUGUCAACAAAAUAAAAUGCUUGUUUGAAGCUG